AGAGAGAGAGAGAGAGAGAGAAUGAGGGCAGGAAAGAUUAAAAAGGAAGAAAAAGAAAGAGAGAGGAGAGGUAACAGGAAGGGGGAGAAUGAACUUCAGGGAUUUACAGAAAAUUACAAAGGGAUAUUUCAAGUUUAGUCCCAAUUACUUUAUGGCACUGAUGACUUCAACAGAAAGACACAAAUCUUGUGUUAAGCUCAACCACUCAGAGUGAGCUGCCUACUCAAAAUAAUAAAAGUGACAAACUCUUGAGUACCUUUUCAACCAGGACAUGACACCUUGAGUCAGUUUCUCUCAAUUUUUUAGAGAAUAAGAAUUUGCAAGAUAUUAAUAUGUACUUUAAAUAAAGCUAUGUUACAACUUUGCAACCUCCUCCUCCUUUCUACACACUAAAACUUUACCAUAGAAACUUCACAUCAUUGAGAUUUCUGUGCCUUGAGGUGCUUGUAAAGUAGCUGCUUUUUCGAGUGAGCGUAUGCAUCACAGGGGCCGAUCAAUAGGCCCCCUCGUGCUAUUUGUGUCCUGCGCGAAGWGCGAGCCAAGUAGCCGGUUAAAUUCCAAUGGUGCAUCUGUCAGAGCUCGCUCCACUGUUUUUUAGAGUCGAAGGAGGAGGA